UGAAUGUGACUUACACCAAGAGGAGUAUCUGUGCCUUGAAGGGGUCAACAGUGGACGUUACCUGCACUUAUAGACAUCCCAGCUGGCAUAACGUCACAGAAGUAUCCUGGUUCAACAAAUGGGAGUCUGGAGUACUGCAGAUCUAAGCCAGGACCCAGAGUAUGCAGGUCGUGUGAAGUACCAUCCAACUACAGACAAAGACUCCACCCUGAGAAUCACAGACCUGAGAGAGAGUGACUCUGCUGAAUACAAGUUUAGAUUUACAACAACUGAGGUAAAAUGGGGAUACAGCUUCCCUGGAAUAACUCUGAAUGUCACAGACUUGCAGGUGAAGGAGACUCCUGCCACAGAGGAAGGGAAGGUGACACUGACCUGUAGCACCACCUGUACGCUAACUGACAACUCCAACCCCACCUACAUCUGGUACAAGAACAGACAACGUCUCACCAACCCAAACACCCAAGAUAACUACCUCUCCCUAGACCAAAUCAGCAGUGAGGAUGCAGGCAGCUACUCCUGUGCU